CUGGAAGAACUGAAAGCUGUUGAGGUGUUUUUGAAGAGUGACAGCUUAUGUCUGAUGAAAGGCGAAAGAUUCAGAACAUUGCCCACAAUUCCUUCCGCUUACCUCUUAGCGAUGCACAUUCAGCAGCUUGAGAUUGGCGGUUUCACCAUGGCAAGUGGAGCAUUUAAGUGGAAUAAGCUAAGGAAUAUUGCAAAAGUCAUAAGCCAAGUUCACGCAUUUCAAGAAAUCCCAUACUCCUUUGCUUCAGAUCAAGAUUUUCAGUUUUACCUCCGCCAGCGCAUUUUACAUUUCAGCGAGGCAGAUAUCUCUGCCUUGGCAGCUGACAACAAUGCCAAUUUUCAUCAUGUAAACUCUGAGAAACAUUCUCGUAAGAUCCAGGACACGCUGCGCAGAAUGAAGGCCACGUUUCAGUGA